AUGGGCAACAAGCAGACGGUCUUCACUCCUGAGCAGCUGGAAGCAUACCAGGACUGCACUUUCUUCACAAGGAAGGAGAUCAUGAGGCUCUUCUAUCGCUACCAGGACCUGGCCCCCCAGCUUGUCCCCCUCGACUAUACCAGCUGCCCAGACGUGAAGGUGCCCUACGAGCUCAUUGGCAGCAUGCCUGAGCUGAAGGACAACCCCUUCCGCCAGAGGAUCGCCCAGGUCUUCUCUGAGGAUGGGGACGGCCAUAUGACCUUGGACAACUUCCUGGACAUGUUUUCUGUGAUGAGCGAAACAGCUCCCCGUGACCUCAAGGCAUACUAUGCUUUCAAAAUUUAUGACUUUAACAACGACGACUACAUCUGCGCGUGGGACCUGGAGCAGACGUUGACCAAGCUGACUCGGGGGGAGCUGAGUGCCGAGGAGGUGAGCCUGGUGUGCGAGAAGGUGCUGGAUGAAGCCGAUGGAGACCACGAUGGGCGGCUGUCCCUGGAAGACUUUCAGAACAUGAUCUUGCGGGCACCCGACUUUCUCAGCACCUUCCACAUCCGCAUCUGA